AUGGGGACCAAAGGCGCCACGCCGCUGUGCUGGGCGAUCCUGGGCUUCCUUCUGCUCCGAGGCCACAACUCCCAGCCUACAACAACCCAGACCUCUCGUCUUCAGGGAGACAUCUCUUCCUCAGAGGCUAACAGCCCAAGCCCUCUGUCCAGCAUUGGUACCCCAGCAGCUCCAAAGGAGGACUCCCAGGCAGCCAUGGUAGCGAGCACGCCUGUGACGCCGAGGUCAAGCACCGUGGAUGGCCCCUCCCCAUCCUUUCUGGACCUAACUUGGGCCCAGACUCAGAAACACACAGCAGGACUUGGCACAGGUGCCCCAAGCAGCAGUGGCAGUGGCGGAAGCAGCACAAGCAGCGACACAUCUCAGAAUGUUACCUCUAACUCAACCAUCGUGAGCCUGAGCACAAGAGAAGCCUUGACCAUCCUGCCCAGCCCCACGUCAGAGACAGUGCUCACUGUGGCUGCGUUUGGUGUUAUCAGCUUCAUUGUCAUCCUGGUGGUCGUGGUGAUUGUCCUAGUUGGUGUGGUCAGCCUAAGGUUUAAGUGUCAGAAGAACAAGGAGGCUGAAGAUCCCCAGAAACCAGGGAGUUCCGGGCUGUCUGAAAGCUGCUCCACAGCCAAUGGAGAGAAAGACAGCAUCACCCUCAUCUCCAUGAAGAAUAUCAACAUGAAUAACAGCAAAGGGCAUCUCUCAGCAGAGAAGGUUCUUUAAAAGCAACUUUGGGUCCCCAUGAGUCCAAGAUGAUACAGCUGCCCUUUGACUGUAAGGAGGAAGAAAUGGAACUGGUGGAGGAAAUGACCCACAUGUAAAUUAUUUUAUCAUUUGGUGUCUGAUCCCAGAUCUAAAGGGCGCUAGCAUUCCUCCAGAUCUGGAUGCAAGUCUCCAGUGACUCUUUCCCAUAUGGACAGCCCCUCUGAGACACAGCCUGCUCCCCCCGCUUUCUCGGCGUCUCAGAAAAGAAGUUGAUAGAGCAAGAGAGCAAGCAAAAUGAUGAGGUGGAGUGAUCCUUUCUACUUUGUAUUAAAAUUAUUUUUUGGCCUGCAGUCUAA